GAGAGAGCUAUUUGCUGUUUUGUUUUGAUGCGCAGGUGUUAACCUUUCUAUGGAUUGUUCUCCCCUCAAAUGCCAUGAAAGCCUGCAAGAAUUCAGAAAUCUUCUGCUCCAAUAGGCGGUGGAAAUUCAUGUAUAUAUGACUUAAAAAAAUUAAAAUUAAAAGAAAGUAGUAAUUGCAUUAUUUCUCGUGAAGGCUCACAUGCCUAUAAACCAACCAGCACCCUCUCCCCAUUAUUCACGCAAUCUCCUCCUUUCUCCCAAUCCAAUUCAACCCUUUCGGCGAUCCAAAAGCAUUUAAAUCACGCUUCUCAAAUACUCAUUUCGCAUAUACCGAAAAUUCGGUGUUUGUCCUCUCUGUCAUCCGGCUUCUUUCAGAUUACGCCCUUUUAAACUCUGCUUUAGUAUUUACGUCCCCUUUUCCCGACUUGGGUCUUUGAGUGUUUUGCUUACGAAGCUUGGGUUUUGAAGUUUGGUAAUACCAAAGCACUCAAAUCACAUUUCUCAAAUACCCAUUUCGUGUAUUGUCCUCUCUGUGAUCUUGGUUCUUCAGAUUCUGGCCUUUUAAGCUCUGCUUUUGUAUUUAUUCCCUCUUUUCCUGACUUGGGUCUUUGAUAUUUUUACUUAUUAGGCUUGGGCUCUGUGGUUGGAAGUGCAAUGGGUUCUUGUACUGUGAGCUUUAAGGCCAGCGUCCACCCGGUGCAAGUUAGCAAAGGUGACGUUGGCAAUGGAGAGAGUGGAAUUUGGGGGGAGAGGCUUAGAGGGAGUUUGAAGAGAGGCGUUUUGGGGUUCAAGAUGGGGAAGAGUUUGAAAAGCUGGCGUGGAAAAUGUAAAACUGCUGCUACUGUCUGUGUUCUUACAUCAGAUGUCAACAAAGAGAUUGUAACCUUUCAGGCACCAAUGUUUGGGAAGCGCCAGGCGGAUCCAAAGAGCGUUGCUUCGAUCAUAUUGGGUGGAGGUGCUGGUACCCGCCUUUUCCCUCUGACCAGCCAAAGGGCAAAGCCUGCUGUUCCUAUCGGAGGAUGCUAUCGGCUUAUCGAUGUUCCUAUGAGCAAUUGCAUCAACAGUGGCAUAAACAAGAUAUUCAUCCUCACCCAGUACAACUCUGCUUCGCUCAAUCGCCACCUUGCUCGUACUUACAACUUUGGAAAUGGUGUCAACUUUGGGGAUGGAUUUGUAGAGGUCUUGGCGGCCACUCAGACACCUGGUGAAACUGGAAUGAAGUGGUUCCAGGGCACAGCUGAUGCUGUGAGACAAUUCACAUGGGUCUUUGAGGAUGCCAGGAAUAAGAACAUCGAGCAUAUACUGAUCUUGCCCGGUGACCAUCUUUAUCGAAUGAAUUACAUGGACUUUGUGCAGAAGCAUAUUGACACGGGCGUUGAUAUUACAGUUUCAUGUGUACCAAUGGAUGACAGCCGUGCGUCUGAUUACGGAUUGAUGAAAAUAGAUAAGACGGGCCGCAUUAUCCAAUUCUCUGAGAAACCAAAGGGUGCUGACCUUCAAGCCAUGCAAGUUGACACCACUGUUCUAGGAUUGUCUAUGCAAGAAGCCAUGGAAUAUCCCUAUAUUGCAUCCAUGGGAGUGUAUGUUUUCAGAACAGAUGCUCUGCUAAGGCUUUUGAGGUGGAGGUAUCCAACAUCCAAUGACUUUGGAUCAGAAAUCAUUCCUGGUGCUGUGAUGGAACACAAUGUCCAGGCAUAUUUAUUCAAUGAUUACUGGGAGGACAUUGGAACAAUCAAAUCAUUCUUCGACGCCAACUUGGCCCUUACAGAUGAGGAUACAAAAUUCCAGUUUUAUGACCCAAUGACACCUUUCUUCACAUCACCUCGAUUCCUACCGCCAACAAAAGUAGAUAAAUGCCAGAUUCAGAAAGCAAUCAUAUCUCAUGGGUGCUUCUUGCGGGAAUGUAGCAUUCAACAUUCUGUUGUCGGUGUUCGCUCCCGCUUAGAAUACGGUGUGGAGUUAAAGGAUACAAUGAUGAUGGGUGCCGACUAUUACCAAACCGAAGCUGAAAUAGCAUCCCUGCUAGCAGAGGGAAAGGUUCCCAUUGGUGUUGGACGGAAUACCAAAAUCAGCAAUUGUAUCAUCGACAUGAAUGCUAAGAUUGGAAAAGACGUCGUCAUCCAAAACACAGAUGAUGUGCAAGAAGCAGACAGAUCAACAGAAGGGUUCUAUAUUCGAUCCGGGAUCACCAUUAUUCUGAAGAACUCGACAAUCAAAGACGGCACUAUCAUUUAGAAGCGUCCAUCAUCUUACAAUGGAGAUUUUCUUCUUUCUGGAGAUGAGUUUGGAAUGGUUGACACAACAAGAGCUGGUAUAUAAAUGUAGCAUAUGGCCACCACUCCAAUGAAAGACAACAUAUCCCUGCAUUUAGUCUAUAAUGAUAAUGAAGAAGCUGAAAGGUUAGUGGUCUUCUUAGUGUAACUUGCUUGUAAUAACACAAGAAGGUGGCAUCAAUGCUCUUAUGUAUAAAAUAUAAGUUUGUGAGUGUGGUAGGAAAGGCCUAAUAAGCAUCAGUUUGAUGGGUCACUUGUAUGGAAUAAAUCAGAGGGCCAUGAAUGCUUCUUUGUUUUGUACAGGGUAAGUUAUACUCUUAAUGAAGAACAUGUUGGAGGUUUUAGGCUUUGGUUAGUAAUAAUGAGAAUGGUUCCAUUCCUAUGUAGUCAUGUAAUAUAUCAUUUAUAGUUCUA